UCUCUCAUCUGAGGAUUAGCACACCCUCCCGGUCUCCCUUCUCCCCCAAUCUCUCCAGCAAAGCUGCUUCGCUGAGCUCGGAGAGACGACCUGCGCUCCCCAACCAAACCACACACCAAGAAGAUAACAGAUGGCGGCGUCCGUGGCUUUCUUCUUCGACGCGGAGCCGCUGGGGGAGCCCGGGCGGCACGCGCUGGACGCCUGCGCGCUCUGCUCCAAGCCGCUCACCCGCAACAGCGACAUGUUCAUGUACAAGGGCGACACGCCCUUCUGCAGCGAGGAGUGCCGCUACGAGCAGAUGCACCACGACGCGGCCUACGCGCGGCAGGCCGGCAGCCGGCGGAAGCAGCAGCAGGCGCAGCGGGGCGGCGGCAGGCACGAGGGCGGAGCCUCCGUGCCCGCCAAGGCCGACGUGUCCGUGGCCAGCUACUAAUAAGCAAGGAAGGAGGAAGAAGAGUUUCUUGGCUGAAACAGCUACUACGAGAGAUCCGGUCAUGGAGGCGCUCCUGGCUGCCUGGAGCUACGCGGAGCCCGGGCUUUGGGCAGAGACGAAGCUAACUUGGGGAGGGGAUGGAUCUGAAGAUCGGAGAAGGCGACAAAGGCAGAUUUGACCUAACCUUGGGGUUAAAUCUGGGCAGUGCGUCGGGUUUUUAGUUCUCCCCUUUUGAUUGGAUCUUCUAGAGGGCGUGUGUGCUAGAGCAUCAUCUCGAUCUGUAAAUGUAUGAGGCAUCUGAAAAAGUUAUGCAUGCCCUGCAAUUUUGAUCCGUUGAUUGGUAUACAAUCCCCUCGCACCAAAA